AUAACAUCACAGUGCUGUAUAAUUCUACACCUGCUUCUACACUUAAUUCCUUAAAUGUCCUGAAUUCCUACUUUGGGUUAAGGUGUAAAUCUUUGUGUUUGGAAGACCAAUUUUAAAGGAGGCUGCAUUACAGUUUCCCUUCACUGGAACUAAGAAGCCCAAACCCGGUCCAGCAUGACAAUGGCCCUGUGCACAAAGCAAGCUCCAUGAAGACAUGGUGUGUUAAGAUUGGAGUGGAAGAACUUUCUGCACAGAGCCCUGACCUCAACCCCAUUGAACACCAUUGGGAUGAACUGGAACACCGACUGCACCCCAGAUAUCCUCCUCACCCAACAUCAGUGCCUGACCUCUCUAGUGCUCUUGUAGCUGAAUGAACACAAAUCCCCACAGCCACACUCCAAAAUCUAGUGGAAAGCCUUCCCAGAUGAGUGGAGGUUAUUAUAACAGCAAAGGGACUAAAUCUGAAAUGGGAUGUUCAACAAGAACAUAGUGUUAUGAUCAGGGGUCCACAAACUUUUUAGCCAUAUGGUGUGUGUGUGUGUGUGUGUGUGUGUGUGUGUGUGUGUGCGCGCGCGUGCAUUGGGGGGUGGGCAGGGGGUCAGUAAUAUGACUAUCAUCUGAUAUGGAAAGUCUUGCUUGUUUGACAGAAAUAGCUCAGGCUUAUUUACCUCACUGAAGUGUGUAUUACACUGGGGUGUAGUGUUGUGGCCCAACACAAAGGCAAGAUACUGUUUUGCCUGAAGCUGAUUAGCAUGUUCUGAACUGUUUUAUUCUUCAUAUACCACAGCAAUUUGUCAACAAUUAAAAUUUUUUAAAAAUAAAGAACAUCAUACUUUUUAUCCAUUUAUUGGAUUUAUAUUUACAACAUUAUAUUUACAUGUAAUAUUGUAGGGCAGCCAUGAAACAAGUUAGUUCCUUUUUCUCAUUUACAUUAUAGCAGCUGUAAACAGUUAUUCUUUUACCAGCCUCUCUUUUAUCUCUCCUGAAGUUAGUGAAACAAAAAAAAAAAGCACACAGCUUAUCAUGUUACAGAAAAAAACAGAAAGUUCAACUCAAACUCCUCUGUUCUGAAGACUUCUAAUUGACUGUUACAAAGCACUGAUGUUGGCGGCUCCUUCCAUAAAUGUUAAAUGAACAUCUUUUUUACAGAAAACUUUACCAUUGUCAGCACUGAGGUUAUGGACAAUUAAUCAAUACCUCAUUCAAUCAAAUUUGAGAAUUCAACAGUGCUGUGGGAUAAGUAAUGAUAGACCUUGUAAAGGUAUAAAGUCUCCUUCAUGAACAUGUUUGAUGUCACAUUAGCCAGUAGACAUGUAAGUGUGUUAGCCUAAUCCUGUGGAUCUGCCUGCUGUUAAUCCGAGUGUUACAUCAGUCAGUCACUCACACACACACAAGAAUGAAGAUAUGAAGUCAUUUGCUGUGAUGGUGCUUUCCCAAGCUGAGAAAUAUCCAGGUCUUCAGAUUCAGUCAGCUCAUCAAUUGUGAAUCAUGUCAGGAAUGAUCAUGCUAGUCUGGAACGUCCUGUUGCUUUUUGCAGAUGCUCUCUCUCACGAGGACUUUGAUGCCUGCAAAAACAGUCCAUGCCAAAAUGGUGGUGUUUGCAUAAGAAACAAAGGCGAUUACACUUGCCAGUGCUCUAACAGUUCCCAAAAUGGCCGACUCUAUGGAGGACCAAACUGCACGGUUAUACUGCAGGGCUGUGAGCGCCACCAAUGCCAAAAUGGUGGCACAUGCUCUCCUUUUCUCAGAAGCAGUCAACACAGAUACAGCUGCAACUGCCCUGAAGGUUACACCGGCACAAGGUGUGAGAUUUCCACCACGUUUUCUUUUGAAAAGAGCGGAUUCCUACACAUCGAAACAGCCCUUGAGGAUACAUUGGUACUUUUGAACAUUACUUUGAGUUUUCGCACGGUGCAAAAAACAGCGACUCUACUGCACUGUGAAGUGGAUGAGUACGUACUCAAGCUGCAGUUGCAAAAUGGCCGACUACGUCACUCCAUGCAAUGGGGCAACAACAACCAGUCAGAUCUGGUGGACCUUUUUCAGGAUGUAGCAGAUGGCCACUGGCAUAUGGUGCAGGUUUUCUUGUACAAAAGUGUGCUGGGACUUGAUUUGCGUGACCCACUGUGCACAGCGAAAACCUGCCACAAAGAAGCACUAGUGGAAAUGGAUCUGGGGUCUGGGUCAGGACAGUCCUCUUUCACUCUGAUCCAGAGUGUCUAUAUAGGUGGAACAGGAAAUGGACAAGUAAAUCCAGACUCAUAUUUCCUGGGCUGCAUGCGGGAUGUCUACAUUCAGUCCCGCCCAGUGGUUCUGGAGUUAAAGGUCAGAGCUGAGCAGUUCGGUGUGACUUUGGGCUGUAGGGAAAGUGACGGCUGUGAGGACAAUCCAUGCAAGAACAGAGGGAAGUGCAUCGGCUUAGGAUGGAAGAAACACAAGUGCGAGUGCCAUCGUCCCUACGAGGGAAGCGUCUGCUCCGAGGAACACAUCGCUGCACAGUUUGGGAAUGAAGAUGUGGAAAGCUAUGCAAUUUUUUAUGUGGACGAUGACCCCAUGGACACUUUCACCAUCUCCAUGUUCAUUCGCACACGCCGUUUAAACGGUCUGCUCCUUGUUUUUUCGAACAGCACGAGCCGUUACCUGCACGUAUGGCUGGAUGGUGGGAAAGUCAAAGUUCAGGUGAAUCACUUUGAAAUCCUACAGGGUCACGACAGAGUUAAUGAUGGACACUUUCACCUGGUGAGCGUGCAUGUGGCACAGGGAAUGCUCACGCUCUUGCACUCCGCUAGGACUCAGGCCUUGAUGGCCAGCCAAGGUUUGACAGUUCGAUCAGGUGACAUGGUUCAUGUGGGAGGCUUAGAGGAUCGAAAAGCCUCAUUAGCAUUCAGGGGCUACUUUAAAGGAUGCAUCCAGGACCUUCGGCUGAACUUCAAUCACCUGCAGUUUUACCCAAUCAGCACUCCACUGGCUUCCUACAGGCUCAAGACAAUUGUGCAGGUCACACAGGGCUGCACUGGUGAUAAUUACUGCAAGAUGAAACCCUGUCUUAAUGGUGGUGUGUGUUACUCCAUGUGGGAUGAUUUUACCUGCAGUUGCCCUCCAAACACAGCAGGGUGGCGCUGUGAGAAGCUGAAGUGGUGUGAGCUUUCCCCAUGUCCCGUUAAUGCAGGGUGUCUCACACACGCUCAGGGAUUCGACUGUGUUACAAACGUCACUUUCCGUGAAGGAAACCCCAUCAUCUUGUUUAGAGGUAACGGCAAAAUCCGCCGCCCCCUCCACAGCGUAUCGCUGACGUUCCGCACAAGGAGCCAUGACGCUACACUGCUGCAUGCCUCACGAGAAAACGACUUCAUUACAGUUUUCCUCAAGGACGGACAACUUGUUCUGGAGCUUCAGAGUGGCACAAACUUCUCACUCUGUGUGCAGAGCCACCGGGUAGUGGUGAACGACGGACGUUGGCACAGUGCCAUCCUGAGCAUGAACAACCCAUCCGCGCUGACCUCCAGGUGGUCCAUGGUCCUUGACGAGCGUAGAGACCAAGCGUCCAUCUCCUACAACUCUUCUGGAGAUCUGGGCUUCCUGAGGGAAGACACAGACAUCAUUUUGGGUGGCUGGGAACUCAAUACUGGGGCGAAUUUGGAUGGAUGUCUGGGUUCGGUGGAAGUUGGUGGCCUUGUUUUGCCAUUUUAUGCAGAGACAGAACUUAAUAUGCCCAGACCUCAAGAGGAAAAGUUCUUGAGGACAUCUGGAAUGCAGAACUUAGGGUGUUGGAGCUUUGAUAUUUGCAAUCCGAACCCUUGCCACAAUGGAGGCCAAUGUGAAGAUCUUUUUGACCUCUUUAAAUGUCGAUGCCCAGCUGAUUGGCACGGUCAGAUUUGUGAGGUCAGGACUGAUGCUUGUUCCUCGAAUCCUUGCCUUCAUGGAGCCUGUGUCAUUGUUUCUGAAGGUUACGAGUGUGUGUGUGAGUCAGGAUACAUUGGUCAGCACUGUGAAAAUAAAGAGGACGUAUGUGUGGGACACAAGUGCCAUAAUGGAGGUACCUGCCUCAGAGGAAUCAAACAAUAUGCCUGCCUUUGCCCGAGAAACACAACCGGAGCUCUUUGCCAAGAACGAAUGGCAGAAAUGCCUUGGUACAUCGACAGGUUUCCGUCUCCUAGGUUGCCGGUCUCCAUCUGCGGCAAUGACAAGUGGACUUACAGCUGCUUUAAUGGUGGAAACUGCUCCAUGUUUGAGGACAAGUGUGACUGCCUGCCUGGUUUUACUGGACAGUGGUGUGAGCUGGAGCUGGACGAGUGUGCGUCUGGCCCAUGCCUGAAUGGCGGAUACUGCCGCAACCUCAUCAACAAAUUCCAGUGUGUGUGUGAGAUCAGCUUCGCUGGCGAGCGCUGCCAGAUCGACAUCAGCGAUUUCUACCUCUAUAGUUUCCUGCUGAUGUGGCAGAACAUCUUCCAGCUGCUCUCCUACCUCAUCCUGCGCAUGGACGAUGAGCCUGAGAUCGAGUGGAACGCUGCCAACGAUGAGUAAAUUAAAAAACAGAGGAGUGAGUGACGAGGGACGAGAGACAGGUUCUCUAAAUAUGGGCCAGUGGGUUGUAUUUAAAGAAACCCAGCAUGAAAGUAGAAAUCGGAAAUAGUUAUGUCAUUCAUUUUAUGGCGUAUGAGCAGUGUUCUUAUUUGUAAUGGAUGGUCAUAAUGUGUACAUUUUAUAAAUACAAAAUAUAAUGUGUAACUGACAGAAGUUUAAAAAGAAAAGUUCUCUCAGAAAUAAAGUACACAAUUUCACAUAAGACACAUUCAGUGUCUGAACUUUCUUUCUUUUGUUUUUCUCUGGAGCUACCAGACUAAUGUGGCUAACAUGUAAGGAAAGCUUAUAGCUAUCAGUUUAGCACUGUGAACACUGAUAACAGCAAGUCACAAGGUAAUUUAUUCCUCUCAUACCGCAGCAAGUUGCCAACAAUUACAAGCAUUAAUUUAUUCAUGAAUGACAUGCUAUGUUUUUUAUAGUUUGUUUUUAGUUAUAUUUAACGUUUGGGACAUCCAAGUUAGGUCCUGUUGAGGAUUUUUAAAAUCUUCAAAAUGCUCAAAGGAAAUCAUAUUCUGGGUUUGACAAAACUGACAGAAACCCAUUUUUAACGACAUGUUUGGUAAUUUGGGACA